UCCACGCAGGGGGCCUUCUCGACUCCUUUGCUGUGGCUGCUGCCGCUGCCGCGGUUGCUGUGGUUUGGUGAGGCGAGAACCUGUCGUGGACCCCAUCGAGUACUUAUCUGUUGUUGUUUUUGCCUGAGGAGUCAUCCUUCCUCCGUCGCACCCUGACUCCCGUGGUGUCCCCGGGGAGUCCCUACAGACACCUCGGCACGCCGCGGAGAUGCCUCUCUUUGCCACCAAUCCUUUUGAUCAAGAUGUUGAGAAAGCAACCAGUGAGAUGAAUACUGCUGAAGAUUGGGGCCUCAUUUUGGAUAUUUGUGAUAAAGUCGGUCAGUCUCGCACUGGACCUAAAGAUUGUCUUCGGUCUAUUAUGAGGAGGGUGAACCAUAAAGAUCCUCACGUUGCUAUGCAAGCUCUGACUCUUCUAGGUGCAUGUGUAUCAAACUGUGGCAAAAUUUUUCACUUAGAAGUGUGUUCAAGAGAUUUUGCUAGUGAAGUUAGCAACGUAUUAAACAAGGGUCAUCCUAAAGUGUGUGAAAAACUAAAGGCCCUUAUGGUUGAAUGGACAGAUGAAUUUAAGAAUGAUCCACAGCUUAGUCUAAUAUCAGCAAUGAUUAAGAACCUUAAAGAACAAGGAGUUACAUUUCCAGCUAUUGGUUCUCAGGUAGCUGCAGAACAAGCAAAAGCCAGCCCAGCUCUGGUAGCCAAGGAUCCUGGUACUGUGGCUAACAAAAAAGAAGAGGAAGAUUUAGCAAAAGCCAUUGAGUUGUCCCUGAAGGAACAAAGGCAGCAGUCCACCACCCUUUCCACUUUGUACCCAAGCACAUCGAAUCUCUUAGCUAACCACCACCAUGAAGGCCGGAAAGUUCGUGCUAUCUAUGACUUUGAAGCUGCUGAAGAUAAUGAACUUACUUUUAAAGCUGGAGAAAUUAUUACAGUUCUUGAUGACAGUGAUCCUAACUGGUGGAAAGGUGAAACUCAUCAAGGCAUGGGGUUAUUUCCCUCCAAUUUUGUGACCGCAGAUCUCACUGCUGAACCAGAAAUGAUAAAAACGGAGAAGAAGACGGUACAAUUUAGUGAUGAUGUUCAGGUAGAAACAAUAGAGCCAGAGCCGGAACAAGCCUUUAUUGAUGAAGAUAAAAUGGACCAAUUGCUACAAAUGUUGCAAAGUACAGAUCCCAGUGAUGAUCAGCCAGAUCUUCCUGAGUUACUUCAUCUUGAAGCAAUGUGUCACCAGAUGGGACCUCUCAUUGAUGAAAAGCUGGAAGAUAUUGAUAGAAAACAUUCAGAACUCUCAGAGCUUAACGUUAAAGUGAUGGAGGCACUUUCCCUGUACACCAAGUUAAUGAAUGAAGACCCAAUGUACUCUAUGUAUGCAAAACUACAGAAUCAGCAGUAUUACAUGCAGUCAUCUGGUGUGUCUGCUGCUCAGGUGUAUCCAGCUCAUCCUCAAAGUGGUGCUUACCUGGUUGCAGGGAAUGCCCAGAUGAGCCAUCUCCAGACCUACAGUCUUCCCCCAGAGCAGCUGUCUUCUCUCAGCCAAGGAGCACUUCCACCAUCUGCAAACCCAGUGCUUCCUAGUCAGCAGGCUCAGGCUUCCUACCCUAACACAAUGGUCAGUUCUGUUCAAGGAAACACAUAUCCCAGCCAGGCUUCAGUGUACAGUCCUCCUCCUGCUGCUGCUACUGCUGAUGUCACUAUAUACCAGAAUGCAGGAACUAGUAUGUCCCAUGUGCCAAACUAUAACUUAACAUCCUCAGCGCUGCCUCAACCAGCAGGCAGUCAACAGCCACCUCAGCCACAGCAGACAUAUUCUCAGAAGGCUCUGCUAUAGGAUUUGGGAUUCCUCUUCGAUCUGCUAAAUGCCGCUGACAAUGUUACGUGAUUCUUUGAUAUCUUAAGGGUUGUUUAUCCUCAGCUUAUAGGCAUCUGUGUUGGUCAACAAGUUCAAAUAUUCAAGACAUUAGAACUCUCUUCAAUUUGCACUGACUUUUUAGAGGUUUUCCCCUUCCCCUCCCCAGAGGAAUGAAAACUACUUACAACAUUUAAUUCCUUUCAUAAUAUGAAAGAAUUGAGAAAACAUUAUUUGUCUCAUAAAAUUACCUGGUCUGCAAAAAGUCAAACUUAAAACAAUUGUUGUGGCAAAUGUUAUGUACAUAUAUUCCUAUGUAAAUUCAUUAGUGGCCAUUUCGAAUCACAAUGGUGAUCAUGUGAAUAUAUUUAACACUUAAAUUAAUUUACAUUGCUAUUUUAUUUUAAUCAUGAACAACUACCAUGUUUCAUAAUGUUUUGUGUAAAUUUAAGAUAAUUACACUAUCCUUUUAAACUGCAAGAGAACAAAGCUGUAGCAUAUUUACGUGAAGGUAUUAUGUUGUCAGAUGUUUUUGUUUUUACAUUAAACCGAACUUUCCUUUGGCUGAUUGUGAGAUAAACGUAUGUACCUUGUGUCUUUCUGUAGCCUCUGCGUACCACUAGCUGUCAUCACACCAGCAUACAGUAGCUAAAUUUUUGGUGCAGUUACAGCAAAUGGUGUUCCUUUUUAAACUUACACAUUUUGGCAUGAUACUUCAGUGUAUUGUGGGACCAUGAGACAAAAUUAAUAAGUGGGAUCACAUUCUUUAUAUCUUAUUUUUAAAGAAGUAAUGUUGAUUUACUUUUUUCCUUGUUGAAGAUAGUAAUUAGAUUUAUAAACUGUAUACUGUGUCUAUUGGUGGCAGUGACACCAAAGAUAGAGGCAAUGGACAGAAAUUUUUAAACUGGAAAGAAACCAUGAAUAACACUACAUUUUCAAAGUCUCUUGUAAUUACUUAGGAUAUUAAAAAAAAUGAUUCAUUGUCUUAUUCCACUAUUAGUCUUUUAAAUAUGUUUUUAACACAUUGUAUUCUUUAAUUCUUCAUUAAAAUCAAUAUAAGCAAAUAUUUCAAAGUAAUCAAUAUUCCUGCCUUUGCUUAACAGUUUGUACGUUUAUUCUUAUCUUUCAAACUGGAUGGGGCUGUUCUCUCUCUCGUUUUAAAGUUCUGAUGGAUUAAGUUGGCUUCCUAUUCAGGAGUAUUUUUCAAUGAAUGCCUUUUAUUUUUAAUGCACAUGCAAUGUUUUCCACUGACAUUUUAAUCUUCUUGAAUAUUUAGUAUUUUCUUGGUUGUGCUAUACUAUCAACUGAAAAGUUGAGCAUCAUAUUUCACACCAUAAAUGAAAAUUUUAUGAUCGGAUAACGUUUUCCCUUCCCCUUUGACAAACGGUUCCAUCUUUACGAGGAAUCUUAAUGGUGAUUGAACUUUACUUUCAGAUUGAAAGCACCAUCUUCAGUGUAAGUGUUUUACCCUGGUGUUGUGUUUUCCAACUUUAGAGUAUGAUGCCCUCAAAUAGAAAUUUUUUAAUUUGAAUUCAAAAUUUAUAUUUAAAAUUUUUAAUCUGUAGCUAUUUUGAUAAACAUUGUCAAACAGAUUGUAAUUUUUAUUUCAAUUCAAAUAUUCUGGUUUCACUGAUAUACUUUUUUUUUCCAUUAUAGUGUAUUUUUGUCUUGGUCUUUUUCAUAAAUUUCUGUUUAUCAUUGGUGAAUGUAUCAUUUCCCCAUUUUAUGUUAAUAUCCUUCAUGCUUCCUUUAUGCGAAUAUUUCAAUUACAUAUUCUCUUACUUUGUACUACAUAAAAGUCUAAGAAUGGUAAAAUUGAAAAAACCUACCCUUAUUACUAUAUAUAUAGUAAUAUAUAUAUAUGUUACACACAUAUACACACACACAUUUUUAAACUUACUAUAUUAGUAUGCUUAUAAAGGUUUUAAUGAUGAAUACUUAAUACUGAUAGUAUAUGAAUUUGUGCUUUUCAUUUGUUAGCUGUAAAAAUGCCAGGUGGGAAAACUCCAGGGAAAAGAAACCGCUGGAUUUUCUGUCCGUAGAUGACGGGGGAGGACAGAAAUAGGGAAGGGCCAGUCAGGAGCACAGUGCUUUUGUAUGAGCCCGGUGUUGCAUGUGUUGUACUUUAAAAAAAAUCUCUAAAAUAUAACAAUCUUUUUUUUUUUAAAGAAUGGUUUAUAAAAUGAACUAACUAUAAUGUGAAUUUCUGUGAAGGAGAUUUUACUUCUUAAUUUAUUUUGUGUAUAAAGUUUUAAGUGUGUAGCCAUACACUAGUGACAUCUAAAUAAAAAUUUAAGUUUCAUUACUACCUAGCAUAAAUAGCCACCACAGCCCAUGGCCAAGGAUGUGAUAAUAUAAUAGUGCCCGAAACCUACUAGGAGCAGCGUGUAGUGUGUUCCAUGCUGUAACUUGGCAGUGUUUUCUGUCUUCUUCACUGUUACCGAUCUCAACUCAGCGAGGGAUCUCUUUAUAUUAAAAAUUUCUGCCCUGGCUGGUGUAGCUCAGUGGAUUUGAGCACGGGCCUGGGAACCAAGCAACCACGGUUCGAUUCCUAGUCAGGGCACAUGCCUGGGUUGCAGGCCAGUUCCCAGCGGGGAACACACAAGAGGCAACCUUACACUGAUGUUUUUAUCCCUCUCUCCUUCCCUUCCCCUCUAAAGAUAAACAAAUAAAAUCUUAAAAAAAAAAAAUUCUGGGGCUUUGUUUCUAUAACUCUUAAUUUUUGUACUUAAAAUGCUUAAUAGACCACUAGUAUUCUUUUUUAGUACAGUUUUCAUGUAUGACAUGUAUAAUUCAGCUUUCAAAUAUUUUUAGUCCAGAGCUUCAAGUUUAUAUAAGACAAAUUAGUACCCUUUAUGAUAAGCUAUGCAACUAUAAAAACUAUAAAUUACUUGUUAAAAUGAAGUCCAUUGAUGUAAUUUAGCCAUAUUUUUAUCUGUUUAGUACAGAAAGAGCAGUUUUCUUUUUCUCAUACAGAUUUCCUUGGUUUACUUACCAAUUGUACUAAUUAUAGUUUCCUGUUACAUCACUUUAAAAAUAUGUAGUACUAUAGCUUAAUUUUUUUCACUGUUGUAUCAUUUUCUAAUAUUUUAAUUUUUAUUGCUUAUGCCCCUUAGAAUAAAGUACGUAGAGGAAAACCACCUAAAUAGUUUCUAAAGGCCUUUGUCUGGUUAUCAUUUGUUUCGAAACAGUGGUCUGAUGCAGCGCUCCUGCCAGGAGUGACCUGUGCCCCAGGCGUUUAAGCAAAGCUGUCCUGAGUUUGCUGUAUACUUUUUUCAUAUGAUCUUCCUUUAUAAAACUUAGUAAUUUUUUCUAAAGUUUUCCUAGUUUCAACAAUAUUUUAAUCAUGUUCUAGAGCCUUUUAAAUCAGUGUUUAAAAUCUUAGGUUUUCUUGCUCAAAAGAAUCGAGCGUUUUAUGACUGAUAAUUUAGGGUCAUGCAGAACUUAGAUGCAUCAUCUAGCUUCGGACUCUAGCUUCGGACUUAUGCUAAUACUUUCCACUGCCAUCAUUGUCUGUUUGCUGCUUCUCGUAGACACAGAAUUGCUGAUACAGAUUGCAUGUUAAAGUAGUAAGAUUCAGCGGCCCCUGGACAAAGGUAAAAAAAAAAGGUACUGGUGUUAAUGAUCUUUUGGUGGUCAGAGACUUAAAAAAAGUUUUAUGAUACCUUCAUCAGAAACAAAUGUUUUUGAGUAUAUAGCCUCAAAAUAUGUAUGUGUAUAUGUUUUUACAAAUUGUACAAGUUUUGUGUAAAUAUGUAUUGUACAUUUUAAAACAUACCCAAAAAAAGUCUUAAGAGGGUGAGUGAAAAAAUUAUUAAUGAAAAAAUCAAAUAUUUUUCCCAUAUCUCUGGUUCUCUUAGUCUGUGCCCUAAGAUGUGUGUAUACCCUAUUUGGAGACCACUGUUUUAGAUGUGAAAAUUAAACAGAGGAAGGGAAUAGCAUAUUAACUAAGUUGGCCCCUUGAAGUAAGAAUCUGAUACUGUGUAAGUUGUACUUUUCCCAGCAACUUUUUAUGUUGAAGAUUUUCAGACCUGCAGAAAGAUUGAAAGAAUAACAUUGAAUACCCACAUGUUCUUUGUCUAGAUUCACUGAUUGUGAACAUAUUGUCACAUUUGCUUUCUUUCUGUAUGUUUAUAUAUACAUAGGUACAUGUUUAUGUGUGUAGUUAUGCCUAUAUGUAUACACACAUCCUUAAUUGUGUGAAUAAACAAGUUCUAGACAUUGUAAAUGA